AUGGCUAAACAGGAACAAAUUGAUGGUCUUGCCUACUAUACUAACAAUCAAACAAAACGAAGUUUAACUCCAUCAAUAAUACCUCCUUCUAGUAAUCCGGGUACACCAUUUAGUGUUACAGAUAUUCUUCAUCCAUUAGAUGCUGAUGUAUCAUCAUCCUAUAAACGUUCAAUUGAAAUGGCUCAAGCAUUAGCUGUUGCAUCUUCUUCAUCAACAUCAUCCGUUUAUUCUACUCAACGUUCAUCAAAUAAUACAACAUUUGCUCCAUCAUCCAUACAUAGUACUUAUUAUAGUCCAUCAUCAACUACAAAUUUUCCACAUAAUAAUCAAUAUUAUGAUUAUAAUACAACACUUCAAAAUAGUGCUAAUUCAUCAACUGGACAAUAUUCAUCAAGUUCAUGUUGGUAUGGAUCAGCAGCAAUGUCACGAUAUUUAGUUGGAUCAACAUCAGCUAUGGAUAGUGCAGCAUUAGCAGCAAGUGUUUAUGGACAUCAACAAGAUCCAAUGUUAAAAUCAGCUUAUGGACAAUUUCCAUUUGUAUCACAAAAACGUAAACGACGUAUAUUAUUUAAUCAAGGACAAAUCUAUGAAUUAGAACGACGUUUUAAACAACAAAAAUAUUUAAGUGCACCUGAACGUGAGAAUCUUGCAAAUAUUCUUCAAUUAACCCCAACACAAGUUAAAAUUUGGUUUCAAAAUCAUCGAUAUAAAACAAAAAAACAAGCAAAAGAACGAGAAAAACUUGAUGCAAAACAAUUUCGAAAAGAUCAUUAUCAGCAGCAACAACAACAACAACAACAAUUUCGAUAG